UUGAGCAAACUCAGAAAGGUAUCCCACGGUGCGGCCGGUUCAUGUCAACAUGCGGGUCGUGGGACGGUGUCGUCUCGCCCACCCAUGGAAUGUACAACAACCGGUGGCCGGUCACAUCUCUUUUCAGUUUUCAAUUUGCCAACCACACCAUGCAGCCCACUACGUCGUCAUCGUCCGUGUACGCCCCACGCCAUAACGGCAGCGAAGUCCGCCGGCCCGAGCGGCCAAGCCUUCCGUCGAUGGAAGCCGCCGACGAGUACGAGUCGGCCAUUCUGACCGCUGAGGACAAGGACAUUGCCGACGCCAUGAGCGUUGCCCUCGACGACCGCGUGAUUGCCCAAGUCAUCGACAUGCUGUUCUAAGCCGCCUAGGGUCCUUAUUUAACGCUACCGCAGACUAUUAUCACUAAGUUAAAACACCCCUUUGACGCCAUUCAUGUUGA